AUGGAUAUCAAUUCCACUCAACAGACUGUGAUGGCUCCAAACGAUUCCCACGGUAUUGACCACAACGAGCCGUCUGAAGAGCUCGAGCUCCCACCUCUGCCUCAACCUUUGUCUCCAGCCAACACCACUGAAAAUCUUUCACCGAACGCAACAUUUUCAUCCUGGGUUAAUGCUCCAAAGGACUCUCCGUCCUUGGUCGCCAAUGAGUUCUUGGCUUCGACUGCGCCUCAAACUGGACCACACCGAGUUGGUAUCACACGACCUGCAAGACAAAGCAGCCCUCUCAAGCCCACUGUUCGAUCGGGAGCCGCCAGUCGUUCCCCUAACACCCAACCGGCGGCUGGCUUAGAGCAGCAGCUUACUGCUUUCUUUGAUCCAGCAGCUCGGGAGAAGCGUGACAGGGAUAACAGCAUGACCGCCUUCUAUGCUAUGCAGCUGUGA